CACAAUAGUUGGUGACGGGUUCCAUUUCCUAUUUGGAGCUGUGAUUUGUUUACAUGCGACGGAUCUCAACAGUUUAUUAAAUCUGUUCCAUCAUGGGCAAGAAGCAUAAGAAGCACAGGGCUGAGUGGAGGUCCUUCGACGCCGGUGAGCGCGGCUCCCCCGGAGACCAGUCUCAGUACUAUGUUGAUAAGCCUCUGGAAAAGCCCUUAAAACUGGUCCUUAAAGUUGGAUGCAGUGAAGUGACAGAGCUCUCUGGAUCAGGACAUGAUUCUAGCUACUAUGAUGAGCGUUCAGAUCAUGAACGUGAGCGACACAAGGAGAAAAAGAAAAAAAAGAAAAAGAAGUCUGAAAAGGAGAAGGAUAAACAUGUGGAUGAAGAUGAAAGGCGACGAAGGAAAGAAGAGAGGAAGAGGAAGCGGGAGAAAGAGCAAUGUGACUCCGAUGGUGAAACAGAGGAAUUUGAGCCAGGGAAAAAAGUAGAAGUUGAAACUCCCUCAGAUCGCCCAGUCAGGGCAUGUAGGACUCACCCAGCAGAAAAUGAGAGCACUCCAAUACAACAGCUCCUAGAAUAUUUCCUCAGGCAGUUGCAACGAAAAGAUCCACAUGGAUUUUUUGCUUUUCCGGUCACUGAUCAAAUUGCACCUGGUUAUUUCAUGAUAAUUAAGCACCCUAUGGAUUUUAGUACCAUGAAAGAAAAGAUUGAAGCUAAUGAAUAUAAAUCAAUCACAGAAUUCAAGGCUGACUUUAAACUUAUGUGUGACAAUGCAAUGACUUACAACAGGCCAGAAACUGUAUAUUAUAAGUUGGCCAAGAAGCUACUACACACCGGCUUCAAGAUGAUGAGCAAAGAACGGCUUUUAGCUUUGAAGCGCAGCAUGUCGUUUAUGCAAGACAUGGAUUUUUCUCAGCAGGCAGCUAUUUUGGGUGAUGAGGACCCUACAGUUGAGGAACCUACUCCAGAGAUCAUCAUACCAGCACCGGUAGAGGUUGCAAAGAAAUCUAAAAAGCCUAGCAAGGAAGUAAUUGGGGUGAUAGAGGAGGAUGAUCAGAGCUGCAUUUUUGAACCUGAAGGUAAUGCCUGCAGUUUAACAGACAGCACGGCAGAAGAACAUGUACUCGCUCUAGUAGAACAUGCUGCAGAUGAAGCACGGGACAAGAUAAACCGAAUACUACCAAGCUGCAAGAUUGGCUAUCUUAAAAAGAAUAUAGAUGGAUCAUUGCUUUACACCGUUGUCAACGCAGAUCCAGAUACUGAAGAUGAAGAAACCUUUCCAGUAGAUUUGAGUUCUCUGUCAAGCAAAUUGUUGCCGAGCUUUACUACACUAGGAUUUAAAGAUGACCGACGCCAUAAAGUGACAUUUCUUAACAGUGCUAGUACUGGGCUAUCUUUACAAAAUAACACUCUCUUCGCCGACCUUAAACCCGACGAAAUGGAUUUAAUGUAUGCAGGAUAUGGUGAUGACACGGGAAUACAGUAUGCAUUAAGUCUUCAAGAAUUUGUGAAAGACUGUGGGAAUUACACAAAGAAGAUGGUAAAUGACUUGCUGGACCAGAUAACUGGUGGGGAUCAUUCCAAGACUAUAUAUCAGAUAAAGCAGAGGAGGAACAUUCCAAUGAGACCUCUGGAAGAUAUGAAAGUCAGUGAAUAUGGAGAUGGCAACAAUUCAAUCCUUGAUUUUAUGUCAAUGAAAUCGUAUCCUGAUAUGUCUUUUGAAAUGACCAUGCUUAAUUCUUUGGGUAAAAUCAAGAAGGAAAUGGAUCACGAUGAUGGUCACCUACAUUUAGACGAUGCAACUAAGCUUUUGCACGACUUUCAUGAUGUUCACAUGGACAGAGUUGGAUCUAGACCAUCCUCCAACAUCAGCUCUCUAUCUAACAAUUCGGAAAGAGAUCAUCAUCAUUUAGGAAGUCCUUCACGACUCAGUGUUGGAGAACAGCAAGACAUUCCAGACCCCUAUGAAUUCAUUCAGUCUCCAGAGCCUGAUAACCCAAAUUAAGUGCAUUUCCUAAAGUUCACUUAUUUUGUAUUUUCAUUUUCAGGUUUAAACAGUUAUUCUGCACCAUCCAGUGUUUAACAGAUUACAUUUACUUUGCAGUACAAUUAAUUUGCCAAUUACUUUCUAAUAAGGACACAUGGAAAACCUGAUAAAGAUAAUGUUUUUGUUACACCUUUUACAGAAUUGUGUAAUUCUAAGUAUAAAAGAUGUGAAGGAUUUUUGGGCGUGUAUGUAAAUAUGUGCGUUACUGAGCAGUGAUAUUUAUUUUAUGUGUAGUAAACAUAAGUUGAAGACCAUGUAUUGAUUGUAUUUUGUAAUAAAAAUAUAUACUAAUUUGUACAAA